AUGGGUGACGAUUAUUAUUUAACGCCGCCAUCAAAUCAAUUAUUUUAUCGAUUCAUGGCGAACAUGAUGAGCUAUUUCAGUGUAGGGAAAAGGACAGCUUGGGGUUAUGAAAAAAACACAAAAAUGCAAGUCAUUAACAGCCGAGUUAUGACCACAUUUGCUCCAUUGUGCGCUAUCUCACAAAUCGUUUAUUUAUAUCUUAAUUAUACUGAUUUAACAUUCGACAUAUUGGGUAUUAUAUUUUCUGUUUUACCUGCAACUUUUCUGGCAAAUGUGGAUAUAUAUUCAGCUAAAAUGAAAAGCUAUAAACGAAUAUCAGAAAAUUUCUUGCAAAAAAUUCAUUUGUAUAACAUAUAUAAUUGGCUUAUAAUUCAUUUAAUAAACUGUUACACGGUGCUGAAUGGAGUUUCGUCGAUGAUGAUUUUUCAAUGUAUAAAUUAUAUGUUCGUCUAUAAUAUUAUCGGUCAUAUACAUAUUUUGAAACAUGCUAUCGAGAUGAUCUCUGAUGAUUUGAGUGACGAAGAAGUUCAUACAAAACUUGGUAAAAUAGUCGACUAUACUAAUUUUAUAAUCGGUAUUUUUAAGGACGUACGACAUGCAUUCGGAUAUAAUGUCGCCACUAACUAUUUGCAAAACUUAUUUGGUAAUAGUAUUGUUAUGUACCAAAUAAUGUAUGGGGAUAAAGAGAGCAUGAUGUUAUAUGUGGGUAUGAUCAUGGCAUACACCGGGGCACCGAUUAUACUAUCAUUCGUUCUUGAAGAUAUAAAACGGCAGACCGACAACUUACCAGACCUAGUAUACAGCAUGCCCUGGGAGAAAAUGUCGACAUCUAAUCAAAAAAUCGUGAUCCUUAUAUUACAAAGAACACAGAUUUUGAUGGAGUUUAAAGCACUUGGAUGCAUGAAGGCAGGCGUUGGACCAAUGAUGUCGAUAUUGAAGACGACGUUUUCAUAUUACUUAAUGCUUGAAUCAUCAAUUGCAAAAAAGAUUUGA